AUUUACUAGACUAGAGGCCCAUUGAGCUCGUUGAUGAGGUAAAUGAGUUAGUUCCUGGCUACUUCUUAGAUCUGUAUAAUAGUUCUUUCUCUUCGUCUUAACUUGUAAAUAUUAAAUAAUAAUGUCACUGAUGAACGAGAUAUCAAGAGAAGUACCCUCUAUUCCUGACAGCAAUGAAGAAACGGGAGCUGGACCAGAAGGAAGAGAAAGAAACCUAUCAGUCGAUGUACAGAAAAUGACUAGUUUUUCCCUGAGGCGUAAACCCUCAGAUAAAGGUAUUAUCAAAACUAGAACUCCACCUGGUUCACCAAAACUACGCUCUUCAUCCGAGAUGGCAGUAGGUGGGUCUAAGUUGGGUCGUAAGGGAUCAGGUAUUCGUGUUAGUGGAGCUGGAAAUGCGAAAGGUCGCAAGCAAUACUCCACACUGAACGAGGAUAGUAAUGGUGAUGGUGAUGACGACGAAGAUGACACUGAAAACUUUUUGUUAUCGAAAGGUCAUUUAGCGAGGGAGAAAAGGUCAUCGACUGCAAAGACAUUUGUAGUGACUCCUGCUCCUCCACCAGCAGUCCCGCCCCCUCCAUCAACUGCCGUUAAUCCUCAACUGGGUAAUAUUGAUAGCAGCUUUCCGGUUCAUUUUACACCGCCCAACGAAGCGAAAUUUCCUUUAUUUGAUGCAAGUGGCAUGGAGGGAGACAUAUUUGAUUUUAAACCAAUCGUUGAUAGUAACGUCAUUACAAUUGAUGCUUCUUCUCUCCCUCCUCCUCCUCCUCCUCCUGUUAGUAGUGCUGGAGUUAUGAUUCCGCCAUCGUUUGGUUUUAAUGUUGAUCAAUCACUUACUGUCCCACAGUCAUCUCUUGCAACUGCGUUUACGCCCAGCCCUCCUGUUAUAAGACAAGGGAUUAUUGAAAUUGAUUGGUCGGUCUCUGAUGAGUUGUAUCAGAAGUGUCAGCAGCAGUUUUCUAGUCUUUGUCCUGAGACGGAAGGGAGUGGUUUUCUGUCUGGCGAUAAAGCAAGAGAUUUUUUUAUGAAGUCCAAUUUACCAGUUUCCGAGUUGUCUAGAAUAUGGAAGCUAUCUGACAUCAAUAAAGAUGGCCAGUUAAAUUUUGACGAGUUCAUUAUCGCAAUGAAAUUGGUUCUAAUGAGGAGAAAGGGACACGAUAUACCAUCAGUACUACCGGAAGCAUUAAGAACCAGUAUCCAGUCAAAGACCACACCCUCUACUGACCCAGACUCUUCUUACAAGUUCAAAGCUCCACCCCCAAGACCACUCCUUCCUCCUUCACUGACUAACAAAACUGAACCAACUACAGCAUCAUCAGGAGCCACACCUGCUGCUACGCUAAUUGAACAUGUGAUGAUUGGAGAUAAACCUUAUGCUAAGGUUAACGUGGCUAAUAAAGCAAAUCGAAAGAAAGAAGAGCUGGAUAGUGGGGGUGAUGUUCCUGUUGAUCCAGCUGUGAGUCGUCUCAUUAGUGUAGAGACUCCUGAUGAUACCACUGGAGAUGAAGAUGAAACCUCAACUUUAGUAACAGUUGCUGGUGGUGUUUCGCUCUCUGGGGAUGGUCCUGUACCAAAACCAAGAAAGAAGAAACGUUCCCCACAGAAGCUACCUGCUAAUAAAACUCCUCCUUCCGAUUUAAAUAAACCAAAGAGUCGUCCGGCCCCACCACGACCCCCGGCCCCCUACCGCUCACCCCCUCAUGUUGCCUCUCCUGUCACUGAAGGUACAUUAUCACCAUCACCUCCUAGUGAUGAUAUUGCUCCUAUUGUGUCAAUGACUGCUGGGACUAAGAGCUCAGUUAAUACUGAUGAUAGAAGCGGAAAGGGUCAUGGUCGGUCAACAUCAUGGGAUUUAACAAAGAUGUUGCGUGAAGAAUCAAUGGGAGUACAUGAAGACUUACCUUCUGCUGAACCUCCUAAACUACCUCCAAGAAGGACUAUACUAUCACCAAGCAGUGAUGAUGAAUCAGGUACCAAUAAAACCUUCACUCCACUUUUACAAAGAUCAGCAUCGACUGGUAGCAUUGCCAGUGUCGGUGUACCUACCAACACACUUAAACAAUCAUCGAGAUCUCCUUCGAUUGACUCGGGACCUGUUCUAGAUCCUUCUGCUGGUUUGUUACCAAAAACAAAGUCAGAGCCUUCACAUAAAAGAGUUGCUCCUGGACCACCCAUCAAAGCAAAGCCAAUUGUACCCAAAAAGCCUUUGUAUCCUCCAAGCUAUAAGAAAGUUUCUCAUGAAGAUUCUGAAUCUGAUGAAAGAGGUCCAUUGUCAAUGGAAACUUAUAAGAAAAAGACAAAAAUGGAGCUCCAGAGAUCAGUGAGACAAUUAAAAGAAGAGAAUGCUGUUUAUUUAAGAAUGAAUUCUGAAUUGAGAGAGAAAUUAACACAAUUAACAGAGCAAAGGGUUAAACUAGAAGUUAAAUUAGAAUCUUUAAAAAAGACCUGAUUUUAAAUUGAUGUACUCUAUGUAUGUAUCUAUAUGUGUGCUUGUGUGCAUAUUGUUAUAAUAAUUAUUAGUGGGUCCAUCUCACUAUAGGUAGAACUAUAA